GAGCUGAUGUCUAACUGGCAGUUGUAGGGCUCUAAUCUCAAUGGUAUUUUAGAGCCAUUUCACCACCCCGUGAAAUAAUUAUCCGGUUAAUUAGUACAAUGUUACAAUGGCGAUUACAGUUUACUCAUUCCUCCCUAUAGAUUCAGGCAGUACUUGCGUCGAGCAUCGAUGAACAGGGAAGUUUUGCUCUAGCCGAAGAAUCGCUGCAGCUACAGGUAGCUCGUAUGUGAGAACAAGAGGUUCCGCAACAUCAACUGAAAUUAGUCUUCUGGGCUGCUACAAGUGAGGCUUGGCACCUGUUGCUGAGGCCGGUUUGUUGUGGACGACUUCCAGACUGCAGGUUCAAAAGGUGUAGUCUCUGUUCAAAGGACACCCUGUGGACAGACUCAGUUCUUCCUUGUUGGUGAGACGAUCAGUGGGACAAGCAAUUAUUACUACUCUGUUGCUCCUGUCACUAUGAAAAAUAAGCUGUCUCUGUGACUGGGGCAGUGUAUGAUGAGAUAGACCCAGAAUGGCUGGCUCUCCCGGGAACGAGCUGCCCCUGCUGCAGCUUCCGGAGGUGGACUCCAGCAAGAUGGGGGAGAGCGGGAGCUCGCCGGGGCUGCUGCCCCCCAUGUACGGCAGUGGCCUGCCUGCUCUGACCAUGGAGAGCCGCGCUGUCUGCAUCCCCUCCCCCUACGCAGAAAGCAGUCAUGACUACCCCGCACUGACCUUCUACAGCCCCCCGAUGCUGGGCCACGGCGGCCCCCCCAUUCCCGACAGCCCCAAUGUACACCAGUCCCUCAGCCCCUCCCUCUUCUGGCCACCUAAUAACCACCACGGCCACAUCUCCCCGCUGGCUCUGCACUUCCAGCAGCCCCUGGUGUACAGCGAGCCCCCCCACACCCCGUGGGUGGACCCUAAGCCACACGAGCACGGCCCACCUCCAAACAGCAAGCUCAUAGGGAAGAGACUGGGAGACAGCGAGGAUGGGGCAAACUCCAUUGGGGGCUGUGUGGUGGGGAAGGGGGAUACGCACUUCUGUGCCGUGUGCCAUGACUACGCCUCGGGGUACCACUAUGGAGUCUGGUCCUGCGAGGGGUGCAAGGCCUUCUUCAAGAGGAGCAUCCAAGGGCACAAUGAUUAUAUCUGCCCUGCAACCAACCAGUGCACCAUUGACAAGAACCGCCGCAAGAGCUGCCAGGCCUGCCGCCUUCGCAAGUGCUACGAAGUUGGCAUGAUGAAGUGCGGGGUGAGGCGGGAGCGCUGCAACUACCGUGGGGUGCGGCACCGGCGCCUGCCCCAGGUCCGUGACUCGACCGGGGCGGGGUGCACGCCGGGGGCUGGGGGCAGGGCCCCGAGGCGGGGCGAGGGCGUUUCUCCGCUGAUGAGGGAGCUCCAGUCCUCGGCGCUCACCCCCGAGCAGCUCAUUUCCCGCAUCAUCGAGGCCGAGCCACCGGAGAUCUACCUCAUGAAAGAGCUGAAGAAGCCCUUCACUGAGGACAGCGUGAUGAUGUCACUCACCAACCUGGCCGACAAGGAGCUCGUCCUCAUGAUCAGCUGGGCCAAAAAGAUCCCAGGGUUUGUGGAGCUCAGCCUGUCUGAUCAGGUGCACCUGUUAGAGUGCUGUUGGCUGGAGGUGCUGAUGCUGGGCCUGAUGUGGAGGUCUGUGGAUCACCCGGGGAAGCUCAUCUUCUCCCCAGACCUCAAGCUCAACAGGGACGAGGGUAGCUGCGUGGAGGGGAUCCUGGAAAUCUUCGACAUGGUGCUGGCGGCCACUUCCAGGUUCCGGGAGCUGAAGCUGCAGAGGGAGGAGUAUGUGUGCCUUAAAACCAUUAUCCUCCUCAACCCCAACUUGUGCACGAGCUCCCCUGAGAACCGCGAGGAGCUGGAGAGUCGCAGCAAGCUCCUUCACAUGUUGGACGCGGUGACCGAUGCGCUGGUCUGGACCAUCGCCAAGAGGGGCCUGACCUUCCAGCAGCAGUCCGCCCGACUGGCCCACCUGCUGAUGCUGCUGGCUCACAUCCGCCACGUCAGUAAUAAGGGGAUGGAGCACCUCUCCAACAUGAAGAGGAAGAACGUGGUGCCGCUCUACGACCUGCUCCUCGAGAUGCUGGACGCCAACACCAUGCACAGCAGCCGCAUGGCCGCCUCGCGCUCUCAGCCGCCCUCCUGGCCUCAGGCCGCGGAGAACCUGCCCGAGCAGCAGCCGUCCGACAGUGGCCAAGGGCCGCAGGCCCCCAUGGACAGCAGUGAGUAACACCUCCUCAGCCUGGGGUCUACCCUUGGGCUUCUGGAGCUGUUGAAUCUGCCAUGAUGGAGAUGGCGGGGGUCUAGAGUCUAUUUUAUACAAAUUCAUCACAGAAAAACAGUAAGGUUCCCUCUUAUCUCCACAACCCUCGCAAAGCUUUGAAUUGUCUGACUUCUGAUUUAAUAAACAUUUGAAAUCAUGCGUUUUUUAUCAUUCAUAAUUUACUAAAAUAUGCUGAAGUGCCCGAAGAUUUCAGAGUCCUACAAAAGCCAGACAGCAUUGUUUGCCUGCCCUAGAGAUGUGUCAACAAUGAACAAUAUUUCAAUGAAAACAAGACUUUCUGAAGAAUCUCUGGGAUCUUUUUUCCCAGUUUCCCUGAAAGUUCCAGUUCCCAGCCUUCUUGAAUGAGAGACUGAUUGAUGGUCCAUCAACUCUCCAGUGCUUUCUAACGUUAUGCAUAAAUCACCAGCCAGUUGUCUUUAUGUUUUGACUUUUGUUUGAGUAUGAUGUCUUGAAAUUUGAACAGAAGAGUAAUUCUGACAUUUUCCCACACUAUUUCUGAAAGAUAUCCUCUAGCAUCCUGUAAGGGGGGAACCUACAAUUCUGUCUUAAAAGGAUAUCGAAUGGAAAAAGUGUCAGAAACUUCUGAUAAUAUGGGUGAGAAUUUUAUAUUGGAGAAACAUGAUGUAACCUUGUGGGUUAUGGGCCAAUGCAUUUGAAAGGCUUAAACCAGUUGAAUUUGAUUAACACAGACACCUUUAGGAGAUCCAUCCAUCCUCAGAUCUCCUCUGAGGUGUGAUCUUGUAGACACAGCUCCAGCUCUGUAGAUAUGUAUAAUGAAAAGCAACUAUUUAAUUUUACGUCUGAAAAACAAUUAUGCGCUUUCACUACCCUCUAAUGCUUGAGUGAUGAAUGGACACAUUAUUCAUAACUCAUAGUGUUAACCUGCAGUUAAUCCUCAAAUGAGCCUACACUUGGUCAGGUGGAUGUCCUUUGAUGCAGGAAUUUGCUUGUUGGACCAUAAUAGUUUCACAUAACACUAAAAGAGAAAGACUUA